GAUUUCAUCCGCCAUCUUGUACUCAAUUUAAGUGGUUGUAAGAAAUUCUGUUUGAGCGCUUUAAGAACAUCUUUUAAUUGGAGUAAUCAAAAGGAAAGUUUUUCAUUUGUGAAUUAAAAAUAUGUCGGAACAUUCAGAUGAAGUUAAUCAAAUUCCCAAAGAUGGAGAAGUUGACGGACCAAGAAUUAAUAAUUUUGCUCAAAAAUUUUUGGACGAAUUAAAUGAGGAACGUGGAAGGCUGAGCAGUGAAUUUCCGAUAUGUGCACUGCUUAUAGAAGAAGCUAUUGAAAGAGUUUGCACUACUGGACGAAUUCCUGGUAAGGAGUAUUAUGCAGAUGUUUAUAAGCAAAAACCAAUUAAGCUGGCACAGAAAGUAUUUGUCCCUAUAAAACAAUAUCCUAAGUUCAACUUUACAGGAAAGAUAUUGGGUCCAAAGGGGAACUCCCUUCGUCGAUUGCAAGAGGAAACCCAAUGCCGCAUUGUUAUCAAAGGAAGAAAUUCCAUUCGUGAUCGCGUCAAGGAAGAAGAAAUGCGUAAUUCGGGCGAUCCACGUCAUGCACAUUUAAAUAAGGAUUUGUUUGUAGAGAUUAGCACGGUCGCUACACCCGCGGAAUCUUAUGCUCGUGUUGCAUAUGCAUUGGCUGAAAUACGAAAAUAUCUGGUCCCAGACAAGAACGAUGAUGUUGCUCAAGAACAAUUACGAGAACUCAUGGAAAUCGACCCCAAAUCGGCAAAACAAUUUUCAAAAUCCGUUUAUGAUCAGAAAGCCGCACCCACUGGACCAUCCAAGUAUUUAAAUUUUGUUAAACAAUAUGCUUAUCAAAUGGAACCAAAUAAAGAUGAGGAAUCAGAAGAGGAGUAUUAUGAAGCACGCAUACCCAAACGGGCAAUGGUACCGGCUUACGAGUAUACCAAAGCGAAAAUUGUUCCAUCAACUUUGCCCUAUAAACGUCCACCAACCACUUCUAUAUAUGGUACUCAAAUGAAACGCUUCCGCGAAGCUCCUGUCAGACCAGCAAUGAGGCCAGUGGCUCAUGGAGUGUUGAAAAGAUAUAAAUAAUCAGUAAAACAUAACUUUGAUUUAAAAUAAAUAAAAUAAAAAGCUUAAUUAUAUAAUAAGAACAAGAAACUUAAAAUAUCUGACAGACCCAUCAGUAAAAAUGUCGCUGGUUCAUUACAUGCAUUGUUUGUCAUAAUUAAUCAUGAAUAUAUAUUGACUUAAAUAAUAUAU